AUCUCAUCUACUUCGAAUAACUCCUUGAUAACAAAUCAGUCAUGGUCGAGAACGGACUCUACACCCUCCGGGCCUCUCCCGUCGCCGGUGUUGGUGGCAUGUACGCGACUGGUAACGGUACUUUCAAGAUCGUCACCGUUGCCGCCCAAGUCCCGACAACCUUCGACCGUCAAACCUGGAAGAUCACCGCCGUUCAUGGCAAGAAAGACACAUACACUAUCGUCCAGCACCACAAGCACGACAUCUCUUUGGGCGGAAGUUGGUCCCUCGAGGACAACUUUUUAUCGACGUAUCGCACGACUUUUUCUUACCUACCGUAUUUCAUAUCUAGCAUCCAAGCAAUCCAUAAGUUUGAUGGCCGUCAUGCUUGGUUCGUUGGAACUGAUCACAAGAAUGAAGUUGUAAUUGUACCUUCUCCGGUUCUCUUCCCCCCAUUCCCUGAUAGACCGUACUGGCAAUUCCACACAUCAUCCUAA